AUGUCGCCGUACCAGUCCAAAGCGACGUCAUAUUCCAGGCGCGGCAACUCGCUACCGGCAUUACCCCAGUUUGAGACUAUGCUCGGAUGGAAGGUUGAUCAAUUUGAUGAAGGCGUGGGCGCUAUCAUUAAUGCCACCAUUGGUCGACCGUGGAGCUGGUUCCAACUUCUUAACCAAAGCUCAAGUGCCGAGUUGCUGGACUCUAUGCUACAGAUCGAACUUAUCCCUGGCGUUUGCGGGGACGAUUUAAGCACUAUCACAAAUUGUUCGGACCUAUGCAGCCGCCGCUCAGACAUGUUCGGCUCAUGGAGGACGCUAUGGCAUUGUCUCAGUCUCGCCUCACUCUCAUUAGCAGACACGUCAUUCCCAGGCCUCAACGAGUCGUCUCAUGAACUCAUUCACAAUACGCUGCGCAACUUUUCCAUCACUGGUGCUGGUGACUUCCCUGGCGAGAUUGUACUCAACAACACAUUUGAGUGUGCCUUGGCGAGCUGCAACGCGGACAAGGGAGAGUGCACGAUGAAGGAUCUGGAUGCCGGCUACAUCGUGGAUGGUCGCUUCCAGUUGGAUGUCUUGAACGAGUCGCUUAUGGAGUUGUGCGAAGGUGUUGAGGUCGAGAUGGAUGCUGAUAUAGCUGGGCCUGGCGUGGUCAUCUCCUACAUCUUUCAAACAGCGAUGGCGGUAUAUGUAUGGGCAUUCAUAUCACUACCUAAUUACCUGGACGUUUUAAAUACUCUCCGCAGCACCCCAUAUCCUCCUUUGAACUGGGGGAGGCUAUUCGAUAGCUGGCCACCGAUUUUACGAAGCCUGUGGAAGAACUUGGUUCAUGCUACAAGCACUUUCUUAGUCGAGUUCCAUGAAGCUCAAUGCUUCCUUGUCAUCAGCAUCGAGAUCGCAUUACUCUAUGCUAAGUCCCGUGCCCUUACCAGCGAGUCAGCUAAUUGGGUGAAUCUAUCCCAGUUCAGAACAUUAGUUCAACUCGUUGGUAGUACAGGUGCUUGGUCUGUCGCCCUGACCCAAACCUCCCUGCGCCGAGCACGGCUUAACCCUUUCUACAACCGGACACUAUCUACAGUUUCUCUGGUACUGGCCAUUGAGACCGUUGCUAAAACUACUGACCCAACUACCGACGAGGCAUACAGGUUGUUUAAAGGAUUGAACAGCAUCUCGGAAUGCGGUGGCAACACUUCACUUCGAUCAUUUUGUGCCCCUGCCCAGGAAUUUUACGGCCUUAUAUUGCCGCCUACGACUAUUUACGUUUCGGCCAUUUCGAUCAUUACUACUUGGUCAUUCAUUCUCAUAUCGGCACUGACCAAGAUGGCUUGGGUAGCCCAAAUGCAUCGGCGCCUCAGGCAGCGAUCCACAUAUACGCUAGCGAUGGGAUUUCUUGCUCACUUGGAGCAUUUCAUGUUCGCUGCCUUUGACGUGAUCAUGGUCUUCUUUCUCUAUGCCUGUCUGAUUUCUCUUAGGAUUCUGCAAAAGAGAGUUGGUGCAGAUGAGUGGGGUGUUGGUCAAGUGAUCGCGGUACUAAUAUGGGCGCCCGUGUUAUCGAAGUACUUGUACUUGAUCAUAUUUGGCGUUGAGAGGGGAUUCUUAUAUCGGCUCUCACGCUCAUUCAUGGUGGUGAAGAGGCCAAGCGAAACCGAGAAUGAUGGCGAGGGGGACACUGCGCCAGGUGAUCAGGGGGAUGUUGCACCAGGUGAUGAGGAGGGAGUUGCCCAGGCUGAUGAGGGGGUUAUUGCCCCAGGUGACGAGGAGGACAUUGCGCUAAGUGAUGAGAGGGACAUUGUCCCAGGUGAUGCAACUGAUGCUGAUAAUGUCCCUCUCAUACCUGUCUACAGAAAAACGGCAGCAUGGUGA